ACACUGUUGCUGUGACAACGCGGGAAAGAAGAAGCACAAUUGAAAUGCAAAGCAAACAAACAGUUAUCACUCGAAAUAAAGGACUUGCUGUCAAGCGAUAGAACGGAAAAGCAAGGUAUAAGAUUCCCCUCAAAACGAUACCAUGAAACCCGCUGCGAUUCCGGCUAGCGAGCGGCGUCUGGCCUUCGUGGCCGAGUGGUUCCAUGCAGAGGCUGGAAUCAUACGCACCUUUCUGAUCACCUACUAUGUAUCCGACAAGGCCGUGGAAGUGUUCGACCAGCGCAACAAGCGCACAUUUCUGCGACGCACCAAGAUCCCGGAGCUGACCCAGCGCGACUUCUUUGUGGGCUCCAAGAUCAAUGUCUUUGGCCGGCAGUUUGACAUUGUGGAUUAUGCUGACGACACUACGCGGACAAACCUAGCCAAAUAUCGCAAGAAGGGAUUCGUUUUGCUCAAGAACAAUAUGUGGACGAAGCACCUGGGCAAGUUCCUAAAGACUCUGAUCGACAACAAGAUUAACAUAAACCAGGGCAUGAUGGUUCAGUUCUCUCCCAAAAUGGUAACUCAGUUUCUGUCCGGCAAGGACACGACGGAUGUCUCCUCUUCAGUCCUUAUGAACGAGCUGCUGGCUGGUCCGGCCAUUAGUCUGGAGCUAAUCGGCGACAACGUAGUGGAGACCAUCAAGGCCUGCGCCCAGUACAAGAGCACAGAGGCGGAAACACCCAGUGUGAAACUGUCGCCCAGUUUGGAAGAGCUGUUUGAAAGUGAGGAGAUUCGUUAUGGAUUUUACUACUCUGAUAACGACAACGACGUGGAAAUGGACCUAAAGUUCAUAUCUGAGGCGAGGCACAGCAUAAUUAAAGAAUGUGUAUUCAAGAAUACAACACUUGCCAUCAUUAAGCCGCACAGCAUCAAGGAUGGUCUCCUGGGAGACAUCAUUUCCGAAAUCCUGUCGAAUGGCUUUCGGUUGACAGCCAUGCGCAUGAUUCUAAUGGCCCGAAUCAACUGCGAGGAGUUCUACGAAGUCUACCGCGGAGUGGUGCCCGAGUAUAUACCCAUGGUUGCUCAGUUGGCCAGUGGAGUAUGCAUGUGCAUGGAGAUUGCUUGCGCCGAUCCCGAAAAGAAAACUGAUCGCGAGUUCCGCAACUUCUGUGGACCCAUGGAUCCGGAGAUCGCCAAACUGUUGCGGCCUCACACGCUGCGCGCCAAGUUCGGCAAGUCCAAGGUGCAGAACGCCGUCCACUGCACUGAUCUGCCAGAUGACUCCAACCUGGAGCUGCAGUAUAUGUUCAAGAUAAUCGACUGAUCUUAGUUUAGUUUUUAUUUGUUUUCAGUUAAAUGCAUGUUUGCCUGUGUGCGUUUAUCAAUAAAUUACAAGUGCAAUGAAAAUAC